CAGGUGGCGGGGUGGCAACGCCAUGCCAUUAUCAAACAGCUGAUUGCCGGUUUUAUUUCUUUAUUAUUUUUUGCAAAUUGCACGUAACUUUCAAACAAUAAAGUUUCUACGGAAAUCUUCGAAAAGAUGCUAAUCCUAAACAAAUGCCUACCUCUUAGGCAGAUUCUCAGACGCUGUCAUCGUCAGGCUAUGGAAAUUACCAAAAUUGGUAACAACCACUUAAUUGACUUCAAGGGAAAGUGGCCCGAAGAGGAGCAACAGGAGUUCCGCCUGCACAUGCGCAUUAUCACGGACUUCAUAAGCGAAUCGGAGGAGCAGCAGCUCCAUGAGGAAAUUGAGCCCUACAUGAGUCGGCUACGCUACGAGUUCGAUCACUGGGAUGAUGCCAUUCAUGGCUUCCGGGAGACGGAGCGUAAGAAGUGGUUCCCCCACAACCGAGAGGUUCUGGAGCGCGUGCGUCAGGUGGCCUUCGAUGGCGCCAUUAUGCCAUAUAUACACAUCCUGGAUCUGGCACCCGAUGGUGUAAUCAAGCCACAUGUGGAUAGUACUAGGUACUGUGGCACCACAAUCUCUGGCAUCAGUUUGCUGAGCGACAGUGUCAUGCGACUCGUACGCACGGAUGCCCAGCGGUAUCAACAGAACCAGCAAUCAACGACGGAUGCAGGGGAAACGGACUCCAAGGAUGCAGACACUGAUGCUGCAUAUCGCCACCAGCCAAAGGAGGCGUCACUGGAAAACAAAUUCUACGCCGAUCUGCUGCUCCCGCGACGCUCCCUGUACAUAAUGAGCCACACGGCUCGCUACAAUUUCACGCACGAGAUACUGGCCAAGGAGCAUUCACAGUUCCAGGGCACGCCCGUGCCAAAGACACGUCGCAUUUCCAUCAUUUGUCGCAACGACCCUUGAGACAGAGCGUAGGUCAUCUCUUAAAAAGAGUUGAAAAAAUGUUUGUUUAACUUUUACCCCAAAUAUUUAUCGACGUAUUCCUAGUCUAGUUUGUAUUUUGUGUAAAUAUUGGAAUACAAAUUGUAUUCCCUCAUUAUUAUAAUUCAAUAAUUCAUUUUUUGAAAGCUAA